AUGGUGUUCCUAAUCCUCUUCCUGGUGCUGUGUGGCGUGGCCUUCCUUGCCGGGGUGCCGUUGAACUGCUACGUCCUCUUUGUUGCCAGCUGCCGUGUGGAGAGGACGGCCAGCGCCGUGUGGUUUUGGAGCCGGGCUGUGGCCGAUUUCAUCUUCAUCGUCUUUCUGCCCCUCAGAUUCACCUCAGUCUUCAUCAAGGAAUUAGACACGGCCAAGGUGCUGAGCAGCACCGUCACCUCCUUCCACAUGUUCUUCAGCGCCUUCCUCUUCACGGUCCUCAGUGUCGAUCGCUGCAUCCUCGUGGCGCGCCCUGAGUGGGCCCGGAACCACCUCACGCCCCUUCUGGCUUUCAAGAUUGUUAUGGGCAUGUGGGCCCUGUCUGUUGGUUUCAGCUUGCGGUACAGCGAUCUCUGGGAAUCCCUGCACUCACCUGCCAGCACCAGCAUGAAUGUCGGACUGGAUGAAGGGAGGGUGAAGGCUGCUGUUUUGAUUGAGUUCCUGGUCGGGUUUCUGAUCCCAUUAGCCUUGAUCUUGAUCCCAACCUCCUACAUCGUUCUAGCUGCCAAGCUGAGAAGGAACAGGCUGAUCCAGUCCACCAAGCCACUCAAGAUCCUUCUUGGCUUGACCCCGUCCUUUUUCCUCUGCUGGCUGCCGUAUCACGUCUUCUUCCUGCAGAUCUCAGCUAUGCACACUGGGUCUGUUUGGAACAGAGGAAGCACUUUUGCUUGUGUCCUGACAUAUUUCAGUAGCUGCCUCAACCCCAUCUUCUACCUCACCAUGGAGGAAGAGUUUCAGCGGUACCGGCAAUGUGCACGCAACCCCCAAACCACCGACAACUUGGGGCCAGAGCCAGAUGAAUAG